AUGGGACCUCAGCCUGGACAAAAGACGGUGCUCAUCACCGGAUGCACCCCGGGAGGUAUCGGCCAUGCGCUAUGCCUAGAAUUCCACUCCAAGGGCCUGCACGUCAUAGCCACAGCCCGCAACCCAUCCGUCCUCGCCGACCUCAGCGCCCUGGGCAUGACCACCCUCCCCCUCGACGUCACAAGCCCCUCCAGCAUCAAGACCUGCCACGACCAAGUCUCCGCCCUCACCAACAACAAGCUCGACAUCCUUGUCAACAACGCCGGCCGCACCCACACCCACCCCGCCACCGACAUCGACAUCGACGACGUCCGCGAGACCUUUGAGACAAACGUCUUUGGCGUCAUGGCCAUGUGCGCCGCCUUUUCCGAUCUGCUCAUCAACUCCAAGGGUUUAAUCAUCAAUAUCGCCUCCCUCGCCGCCAUCACCCCCUACGUCUUUGGCUCCGUCUACUGCGCCUCCAAGGGUGCCGUUGUGUCGUACUCAAGGACCCUGCGGUUGGAGCUCAAGCCUUUUGGUGUGAGGGUCAUGGUUGCCAUGACUGGUACUGUGAGGAGCCAGAUCGCGAGCAAGACCCACCGGACGCUGCCUGAGGGAAGUAUCUAUCAGCGGGUCAAGGAGAUCUUUGAGAAGAGGUUGACGUUCAGCCAGAACAAUGCAACUGUCAAGACGGAGGAUUAUGCGAAGAAGCUGGUGGCUAAUGCGCUCAAGCCUGAGUGGCCGCUUAUCUUGCGGUCUUGGUUUGGCAGAGCGGAUUGGUUUUGGGCUGGUGGCUGGAGCAAGGGUGUUUGGGCCAGUACAUUCUUUGGGGAGUGGAUCUUGGACUUUGUGCUAUAUCGGUUGAUUGGCUUGAAGAAGAUGGAACAGGUGUUGAGGGAGGAGGAGAGGAAGAAGAAGUUGACUUGA